UGUUAAAGAUUAAAAACCUCAGCGUUAAAGCGGUUAUGCAAUUUAAUAUGCGCCAGUACUGGAGUAAUUACGCGUCUGCUGGUUGUUUUGAGUCAUGAUGAGCUGGAUCAUGUCCGCCGGGUUUUGCCGGGUCUCUUCUGUGCUCCGCCGGGUCUCCUCGGCUGUUUCUGCCGGCUCGGCUCGCUUCGGCUCCGGCUGUCAGGAGCGGCUCCGCUGGCCUCCGCUGGCCGGGGAUGUGGAUCGGUUUGGAGGCGUGACGGUGCGAGACUUUCCGCCGGACAUCAGCGAGGACGAGUUCAGCGAGCUGCUGCGGGGUACAGGAGCGAAAGGUGCUGUUGUGGACGAAUCCAACGGCAAAGUCCUUGUUGUUCAGGACAGAAAUAAGACGAAGAAUGCUUGGAAGUUUCCCGGUGGUCUGUCAGAUCUUGGAGAAAACAUCGGCGAGACGGCCGUCCGGGAGGUUUUUGAAGAAACCGGCGUGCGAUCGCAGUUCUGUUCGCUCCUCAGUAUCCGUCAGCAGCACAAUCAUCCGGGAGCAUUCGGGAUGUCCGACAUGUACCUGAUCUGCAGACUCAGCCCGCUCUCCUUCCGCAUCGACUUCUGCUCUCAAGAGUGUCUGCGCUGCGAAUGGCUGGAUCUGACUGAACUCGCCGAGACCGGCGAGACCACGCCGAUCACCAGUCGCGUCGCCAGACUCCUGCUGUACGGACUGGAAAACGGCUUCCAGAACAUCGACCUGACGAUGGAGCAGAUGCCGGCCGUUUAUUCCGGCCUUUUCUAUCAGCUCUACCACAGACGACUGCCAGAGAUGCCAUAGAGCAACUCCACACUGCACAAAACCAUUUGCUUUGUUCCCAGUACAGUACAUUAUAUAAUCAAGAUGCAUUUACUGGAGAAGCACAAUGACUUAAGACCUUUAGGCCUGGU